GAAGAGUGAAAGCAAACCGUAGUAAUGGCUUCUUCUUUUAUGCACGAAGCUCUUUUCUCUUCUCGGCUUCUUCAAGUCAAUUCAUCUUCUUCUUCGUCCUCCCGUUGCGCUCUUCCAAUUAUCUCUUCACCAGCUGCAGUAUCUUGCGCAAUCAAAUCGACCCAGUUUUUUAAACAGCGUUGUAGAACCAAAUUGAGAGACUUUUCUCUUUCUUCACUGUCCCGGAGAGGGUUUGUUUGCAGAGCUGCUGAGUACAAGUUUCCGGAUCCCAUACCUGAAUUCGCCGAAGCUGAGACUGAGAAAUUUAGGGACCAUAUGUCAAAGAAACUAUCCAAGAGGGAUCUUUUUGAAGACUCUGUUGAUGAAAUUGUCGGAGUCUGCACUGAGAUCUUCGGGACGUUCUUGCGCAGUGAGUAUGGAGGACCUGGUACACUCUUGGUCAUACCCUUCAUUGACAUGGCAGACACUCUCAAUGAAAGGGAAUUGCCUGGAGGUCCACAGGCCGCACGAGCAGCUAUUAAAUGGGCUCAGGAUCAUGUAGACAAGGACUGGAAGGAAUGGACUGGCACUGAUUAGUCCUUGAAGCAUAAAUUAUAAUCCGUGAGUUAUUUAGUUCAGUAGUGGUGUAGCAGAUGAUAUAAGUGUCAUUGUAAAACUCUGAAUUUUGCAGAUUUUGGUAUUUUAGAAGCUCUGUUCUUAUAAUCCUUUGUCACAUCAACUGUUUUACUCGGUGAUUAGUGUAUGGUCGAAUAGAAUCUUCCAAUGUAU